UACGUACGUACGGUGAUCUGAAGUACAUGUACAUGUACUGUACAUUAUGUAUAUUUCAUUGUAUGUUCUCGUGCUCGACAAUCGAACACACCUUGACAAAGGCGCACCAUCGUGUUCGGGAUAAACUGGUGUGAUAAAUUUCCUUUUUCGGCUUUAAGGUAUUGAGUCCAAGAAGCGGAUCCUGACCGAAAGAUUGUUGAAAUGGCAAAGAAAAGCAAAGAGCUGUCAAGCGAGGAGGGCAAGUCUCGAGACACCUGGGGCAGCCACUUUGAGUUCAUCCUAUCCAGCAUGGGCUAUGCAGUGGGACUGGGUAACGUCUGGCGAUUCCCCUACAUGGUCUACGAUAACGGCGGGGGCGCCUUCUUGUUGGUGUAUUUCGUGAUGCUGUUCCUGGCUGCCAUACCCGUGAUGUUCCUGGAACUCAGCUUUGGUCAGUUUGCCAGCCUGGGUUGCAUUAGCUGUUGGAAGAUCAGCCCUCUUUUCAAAGGUGUGGGUGUUGCCAUGGCAGUGGUGUCCGGCUACUUCUGCCUGUACUACAACCUGAUCAUCGCCUACACCAUUCGCUACAUGGUGGUGUCCUUCCAGAACCCCCUGCCAUGGGUGGGGUGCAACCACACCUGGAACACGCCCAACUGCUACGAGAGACUUUCACUCAGCCAAGGGAACGGAAGUCUGCCAUCAGGCCAUUUGGUGGCUUACAGCCCUGGGAACGAGAGUGAGACAUUUAAUGCUACCCUGGAGGAUUAUGACAUGUUCAUGAAUGAAACAACCAACGGGACAGCAGGAACAGAGAUACGCAGAGUUCGAGCAAGCGAGGAAUUUUGGAAGUACCGCAUUCUGAAUGUUUCAGAAGGACUUGAGGACAUUGGUGCCAUCCAGUGGCCGUUGCUGCUGUGUUUUAUCGCAGCCUGGGUCCUGGUGCUGUUCUGUAUCAUCAAGGGAGUGAAAUCGUCAGGAAAGGUGGUUUACUUCACUGCCACUUUCCCCUUUGUGGUGCUGUUUGUGCUGUUCGUACGCGGCGUGACUCUGACGGGAGCCAAGGAGGGUAUUCUCUUCUUCCUGACACCUCAGUUUGACAUGCUGCUGUCUGCCAAUGUCUGGAAGGCAGCAGCCACCCAGGUUUUCUUCUCCUACGGGGCGGGAUGGGGUGGAAUCCACACCCUAGCCAGCUACAACAAGUUCAACACGAACACCUUGCGGGAUACCCUGGUCAUCAGCCUGUCCUGUGCCUUUACCAGCAUCUUCUCUGGUAUUGUCAUCUUCUCCAUCAUUGGAUUCAUGGCUCAGGACUCUGGCCAGCAAGUCAGGGAUGUAGUGGCUGCAGGUCCUGGAUUGGCUUUUGUGGCGUACCCCGAGGCUGUGUCCCGCAUUUUUGCCCCCCAGCUGUGGUCCUUCUUGUUCUUCUUCAUGCUGUUGACAGUUGGCAUCGACAGCCAGUUUGUAACCUUGGAAACCUUGAUCACUGCCUUCAUCGACGAGCUGGAGAAUACGUACCCGGGUAGGGUCCGUCGCUGGAAGUCCUGGAUCAUUGUCUUCGUUUGCAUGUUCAUGUUCGUCAUAGGACUGCCGUUUGUCACGCAGGGCGGGACCUAUGUCAUGACCCUCUUCAAUUGGUACUCCGCUGGCUUCACUCCUCUGCUCCUUGCCCUCGUAGAACUGAUCGUCAUCUCCUACGUCUAUGGCGUGAAAAACUUCACGCGAGACUUGGAAGCCAUGCUCGGCUUUCCCAUUGGGAUAUUCUGGAAGAUCUCCUGGUUGGUCAUCACUCCACUGAUCAUCCUUAGCAUCAUGAUCUUCAGUUUCAUCGACUAUGAACCGGCCGUCAACGGGAGCUAUGUUUUCCCACCGUGGGCUGAGGCAAUCGGGUGGACACUGACGUGUUCCUCUGUUGUCAUCAUCAUGAUUGGGGUGGCAUAUCAGUUGACACUGGUGAAAGGAACGCUAAUGCAGCGCAUCAAGAAGUCGAUGAAGCCCACCAAGGACUGGGGACCGGCCAACAAUGAGGACCGCAUCAUUGCUGGGUACCAGCUACUCCCAGGUAAGAAGGACUACCUGGAGCUAAUGAACCUACAGACGGAAAAUGAGUCACUUGAGUACAAAGACAAGCCCACCGUUCCUACAACCGUGUAAGACUGAGCCCAGUCAUUGCCCAGACAUGGGGUCCCAAUUUCCGACAGGUUUUUUUUUUUUCCUUCAAGUUUCAGUCAGUGGCUGUAGGAGACAAUCAGGUUUCAAAAAGGUUCACCACUUUUCCCCUUGUGCGUAUUUAGUGCCACCUGUAAAAAUGUUCUGAAAUAAGUGAUCUGUGGGAUUUAACAGUGUUGCUUUCAUAGCGUUUUGUGUUUGGAGUUUUCAUGUUCAAGUCGUGCAGUGUAAAGAAUGAAGAAAAUAACAUGGAUUGUAUUUACAAUCUCUUAUUAUUGCCUGUAGUUAUCGAAUUCUUUUCCUAUGUUUUAUGAAAUUUUUAUUUAAUGGUGAGAAUAGAGGAUAAAUUGUUUGCCAAAAGAUGCUUAUUUAAUUGUGAGAUUAGAGGAUUAAACAUGUUCCAGAAAAUAUCAGAUUGAAUACACAGAUUACCUCAAAGUAAGUUCAUUAUUCGUCAUUUUGUCACAUCACACACAUACAUUUGUGGUUUGGGUAAAAAAACUGAUUUUUCAAAGCUUUCUCUGAUUUAGGAUUUUCAAAUGAGAAACAUUCUUGACAAACUAUUGUCCCAUUACCAAUUGUUGCGUAUCCUUGAUGCUACCAUUACAUUUUCUCUAGUUAUGCAAAGCUGAAAUUGUUGCUUUAAAUUACAAUUAACCGAAAUUUCUACCGAUGUGAAUCUACCGAAAUUCAAAUUCCAAAAAUACCAAAGAAGCAUUUGAAUUCCCUUUGUCCAACAACCCCUUCAUGCUGUCAUUUGACAAAAGAAGUCUGUCUGCCUUCUGUUUUUGACUAUGCUGGAGAGGUGCUAAAUAUUGGUUUGUAAAAUGUCAAUGUGAGAUAUUCAUAUUUUUGUAUAAAUUUUAGACACCAUUUAGUGAAACCCACUUGACAAAAAAAAAAAAGAGUGAGCGUGCAUUUUGAAGUUGGUUGAAUACUCUCCGGAAAUAAGGGGAAACUUUCCUUGUCUUUACUAAAGAACGGAAGACAGUUGGGGAAAGAAACUAACAAUGCGCCAUGAGCUAGAAAAAAAAUUGCAGUAAUCCGUGUGCUUUUAUAUUUGAUGCAAUUUCUCUACCUGUGCAGAGUUGCCUGUAGGGUAGCAAGACAGAAUUGUAAUUGUCACCCAACCUCACAAAUUUGGAUCGCAAGUCACCUGAGCCUUUUUUUUUUUUUAUUUAAUGGACCUUGAGAAGAACCAAUAGCAUCCUUGAACGCUUUUCUCCCAGGUACUGUCCUGUUGUCAUCUGAAUUCCAAACACGGUGAAACAUCAAACCCAAGUACUCAGUUUGUUCUUUCUAAAUCAACUGAAACAAAAUUAAUGCAAAAAGAAGGGCCAUUUGACCGAUUGCACCAGAUCUGGUCACAUGUGGUAAUUUAGAAAAAGGUGAGAUCAAUAGUUUGCUCGAUGACUUAGAGGCCACUAAGUGUUCAAAACUUAGAAGUCUUCCAGUUGGCCUUGAAAUUGACGACUUUGCAUUGGCCGAAUGAACUUCUGUACUCAAACAUUCCUUCAGUUGUAAAGUUCCUCCACCUGACAAUCACAUCAGUUGUGCAAUUUGGUUGCACAAUCAGUAUACUUGUGUCAAAGUUGUUGAAUUGGAGAGAUGAGUACAGUAUCUAGGGAGUGUGGCCACAGCGAUGUCUUUGAUGCCUCAUGCGAGAAUAUCUGUGCAUUUUCCUCAAAGAUUCAGGUCUGUUUACCUGUGUCUCAAGCCAUUUGUGUGGUCGAGGUAGUGUUUUGUUGUUUGUUAGAAUGUUGUGUACAGAUGUGUAAAACAGCUAAGUAGAGCCAUAAAAAAUCAUCAUUUGUUCUUGGUACUGGUGCCACGCUGUCACUUGCCAAAAUGUACAGUAUUGUGUGUACUUAGAACAUUUUAUAAGAUGUGCUUUGCUUAAUAGCUACCAACUUUUAAUCGAUCAAUGCAAUGAAUAUUGUCCCAGAUCUGUUGACCAGACCAUAAUUACAUGUAUGUAGAAGUCCAGGCUGAUCUUAGACAUCGACAGAAAUCACAGCUGACAAUCAAUGACAAUCAUUGGGCCAUGACAUCCUUAGGCCAUGACAUGUGUAGCAACCUCAGCCACAUCUCAGAGGUCAUGCGUCCCUCAGUUAUUAGUGUCCUAUCCCCCAACCCAUCCUACAAGUCAGCUGUUGGUUUCUUUUGGCCAUGGCCUGGAUUUGUAGGAGCUUUCAACUUUGGAAGAAAAUGCCAGCUUUCACAUCUGAUGAAUUCUGCAAGAGACCAGGCUUUUGAAAGUUAAAGCUUUGGGAGUGAGGUUUUGCUGCUCCCAGGUCUAGUAUGAAAAUUGCUGACACUGUUAACCUACACUGUUGCGUACGCGAGACACAAUUAAUGUACAAGACAAUUUAAGCCUUUAGUCACUGGGUCCUCUCACUACUCUACAACUCGUCACAUGAUCACUUAGGACAAGGACCUCAUUAAGGUUGUGGAUGGUCUUGGGUACAAGAAAUGUUACAGUGUUCACGGGUUAAGAAAUAUAUUAAAAAGGAAGGUCAACGAUUCUCUCCCCUCCUCCCCUCCCAUUGCUGUUUACACCAUCUUGACAAAAUGUGGUCGGUAUUUUUGUGGUUGAUAGGUCCGUGUGUUAAUCUACCGUUGCUUUGUGCCAAUGAAAGUGCAGUGUCUAAGACAUGAUGAAGCAAACAUAGGAAGUUGUGCAAAAGUGAUAGUUCAUUUUAAUUCAGAGAGAGAUGAUUUUUGGGGGGGUUUGUUUCGUUUUUAAUAUUUGCACUGCUACUAUGCACUGUUAUAAGCUAGUCUGUCAAACUGCUCUUCUGCAACUCAUUUUGAAAUAAAGUAGAAAUUUGAUUCGUUCUUGAACCAAAUAAUUAUUUUGCCAAGGCCCAGUUUUAUAGCUCUGCUAGCCAUAGAAUUCUGCACUGACAACAUUCCAUGCUUGCAGCACGAGCACAAAAAUUCUGCUCUUACCGUAAGCAUAGAAUUGUGUGCUAUAUUAAGCAGCAAUUUUUGUUUCUGCUGACGGUAAGCAGAGCCAUGAAACCGGGCCCAAGUUCUAACCUAUGAUUGGUGCAGUUGUCAACCAUGAUAUUCUCAGGUGAAAAUGAUGACCACUUGGACCAAUUGAAGUGUACAUUUAGUAAUUCUGGAAAACUGUUUCGCUUAGACCACAUUUGAAUGUAGAAACGAAUAGGAAGGAAAAUUAGGCCUUUUUUAACUUGAUUUACUUUGUGCUUUCUCUCAAAUGACUUUAGUAAUGUGAGGCGGUGUUUCAGAAAACUUGCUUACCAAAGCAUGCUUUAGUUAGAUCAUUGUUCUGUACAUAUAAAAUUAAACAAAAAAUAACUACACAAGAUGACUUGUAUCAAGUUGAAAUAGACCCAGUUGGAGAGUGAAGUUGCCAAAUGUGAUAAAUUGGCUCUUUUUAUUUCACACUUUCACUAGGUGAUUGAAACAGACUUUUCAAUUAUUAAAUGUCUCUCAAAGUGUGAAAUCUCUGACCUAAGAAACUCUACAGAUACUUUGUUUUUGUCUUCCUUCAAAGGCUAGUUUCUGUUCUUGUUGAGAUGUAAUUUGUUUCUAGUGAAGGGCGAAUCCAGAACUAAAAUUGGGGGGGGUGCAACUUUUUUGGAGAUUUCUUUAUUUGACUUUAAAUGGCCUUUUUGAUGGGUGAGGGUUUAUUUGGGGCUUUAUACGUACAUUUGGAAGUUUGGGAGAUGAAAAUUUUUUAAAAAUUCUCUUUAUUUAUUUUGAAUGAAAUGGGUCGCUGUUGACACCCCCAACCCCAUGUUAUUGUCUCCAAUCAAGUAGUUUUGCUUUUCUCUCAGUGUUAUAAUCUGGUGCUUUUCUAGUGCCGAGGUUCUCUGCCAAAUACAGAACUGGGUUAGAGGGAAUAAAGCUGGAAUACCUAGACAUUUGACGGUAACUGCACAAAAGUAAGAUUACAAACUAAAUAUAAGACUUCAGACACUUUUAGUUUUGUAAUAUUUAGGUUUCAAGGAGAAAAGUACUCUUUAAAUACUUGGCCAAGUACCUUUCAAGUAUUUUUUCCUAAAAACUUCACAUUUAUGAAACGGUGAUAGUCUGAAGUCAUCAUUUAUUUGUAAUGUUACCUUUGUGCAUGUACCAUCAGAUGCCCAUGUGUUUCAGCUUUCUUCCAUUGUUAGUAGCUUGUAAUUUGUGCAUAAUGUAUCGCAAAACAUUUUCAUCCGUCACUUUGAGAGACAUUUAAUGUUUAGGGUCAUGUGUUUGUUCUGGCGAAUUUUUCCUUCUAUCUAUCAAACGAUUAUUUCCAUAAUUUUUGUUGACAUCAGUGCCAAAGCGUGAAAUUAUUUAUAAUACAUUUUUCAGGUGAGCUGAUGACUUUAAGACAGUUUUGCUCGUGCUAUGAGUGAUUAACUAAACCCAACAGUAACAUUACCACCAUCCUAUUCAGUUCUCUUGAUGUAUUUCUCUUGUAUUAUUUUGUAGAAAGUAUUAAUAUUUAUGUUAACUUGAAGAGAAAAGUUAACAAAUAUUUAAGUUUUUUAACCCACCAGGAUUUAUUCUCCAUUACCUCAAUUCAAGUGGUUACAUUAUUCUUUACAAAUCAAUCAUUUCAGUGUUUUACAUACUGAAACUUAUGUGUAAUCUGAUGGGGGGGUCAUUGUAGAGUAAUUUUUUAAAUAUUCAUUCUUUAUUUACAUAAUUUAAAAUGCUGGCUUAGCUGGGUUUUUUUAUAAUUAAGCCCCUUUAUAACCUUUAUAAGUACAGCAGAUUUCCACUUAUCUGAUUGAUAAUUCUGGAAAUAGUAUUCCUCAUAAUUUGUAGCGGGGUUUGUUUGACUUAAGUUUUGUCCACAAAUGGGUAAAAUGGAAAAUAAACCAGAUCAUCAUAUUUGUGUAUUGAAAAGAAUA